AGAUCAAAAUGGAUAGCUUUCAGUUUCAGCAAAACCAAAAUAACGGAGGUUUCCAGCCAAAUAUGCAAAAUAUUCAAGGCUUCAACUCAUUACCGCCUUUUCCACAGCAGGUCAAUAAUCCUCCGCCACCAUUUCAACCAAUUAUGUCUAAUCCGCCCUUUGCACCCACGAUGACAACGAAUGGAACACACGCGAGUGCAAUGGUUGGACUACCUUCUCAAGUGGUCACACCAACUCCUCAAAACGGGCAAGCCCCUCUUGUCAUGGACGAUGGCGACGUGCAAGAAGUUAUCGAUGACAGGGAAGUAGCUCCUGUGAAAGCAUUCUACAAUGAAGCAUCUGUACUGAAGUAUAAACAGGAAGUCGAUGAUUCAACAGAGGCCCCCGCGCCUACUCACAUCCAUCCAGAAACUAAUAUCAGUGAACCCUGUGUUGACGACCAAGGAGAUGUUCCGAUGGUGUCAAAUGUUGAGGCAAUUGAUGAGUCAGAGGAGCCGGUAGUCAAUGAAAUCUGCGACGAAGAUCCCCCUGUUGAAAAGGAAAUAGAACGAGAGGAGUCAUUAGCUGAAGAGGAGAAUGUCGGCCAGGUAUCUAUGGUUGAAAAAGCACCCGAAGAAGACGAGGAACUUGUGAGUGAUGAACAGACUGCUGAAUUGAUUGAAGAAGAGGAAAAGGAAGCUGAACAAAUUGAAGACGAUAAUGAGCAGAAAAUUGACGAAGUUGAAAUAGAAGAGAAUGAGGAUUUUGCUCCUGAUGAGGCCGACAAUGUUGAAGAAAAUAAAGUCACCGAUGAAGAAAAAGAGGUUGAAGAGAAAGAAAUUGAACCAGCAGAGGCGGUGUUAUGCGGGGAGUCAGGUGAAGCUACUGUCGAAACUGCAGAGAACGUGUCUGAAGAGAUUACUACAGAGAAGACAGAUGGAGAAGUGACGUCAGCUGAUGAUGACACAGUUGAGACGUCAGAGGAAGCAGCAGCGGACCAAGAGGCGAAAGAGGAAGUAGCAAUAAAGAAGUCGUCGCCCAAACCGACCAAGAAGAAGGAGACUAAAGCAGCAGUCCCUUCGCCCCCUCAGAACACAUCAGGGAGACCCCAGAGGCAGAGAACGGUAGUGAAACCCACCGACUUCUCGCCCGCCCCGGUCACUCCACAAAAGAAAUCCUCCAAAUCUCCUCCACCCUCUAAAACGAAAGCAGAGACACCUAAAUCGAAAUCACCCCCAAAGAAAACGGCGGCAUCUCCCAAAAAGCCAACUGAAGACGACAAGGAAGAAGAAAAAGAAGAAGAUAAGGAGGAAACUACUCAAGAAACGACAACCACAUCUUCCCCUAAAACAAAGUCACCCCCAACUCCGAAACAAGCGAAGUCCAAGUCUAAGAGAGGAGCCCCACCCAAGAAAGUAGAACCGGCUGAGGACGAUGAAGAUGGAGACGAUGUGGAAGAGACGACAACUAGCUUAGAGAAGACGCCACCUGCGCAGUCGAAGAGAGGGCGGCCUAAUAAAGCCGAAACUAAGAAGGCGCCUGCUGCGAAGAAGCGAGAGGCCAAGCCACCUCCUCCCCCGAGGGCUCAGGGCACCAGGAGAAGUGCACGAGUGGCUGCUCUGGACGAAGAAGAGGCUCCCCAAGGAAAGAAAACGAAGCGCACCUGAAUCAAAAGAGAAAGAAAUGCUGUCAUAUAACAAAAGAGCUGUUCCAUGAACUUGGAUAGUUUUGAACUAACUCUGUGAUUCGUAUGUCGUCGUAGGUUUUUUGUCGUCCCCUGAAAUUGUUGUUUAAAUCUUGUUUUAUUGAAAUGCCCAAGGCAUUCUAAUCAACUUAUGGCUUAAUCUAUUUACUGUUAUAAUUUUCCACUGCUCGUCUGUAAAAGUUCUCAAUUUUGAUUGCCUAAGCCUUCAAAGUUCAAUUUUCGAAGUUAUGUAGCGUAAAAUUGAGAGUUUUGCUGCAAAUUGUUAUUCUGAUUUCAAAUGUUCUAUUUGUCCAAUGAUAGUCUGGUAAGUUCAUUUUGUUUUAACCAAUAGCAUAUUUUAUUUGGUCUACAGUUCGUAGAAUUUGAGUUUUUAUUCUUGGCUUAUUUUUUAAAAAAUCUUCGUUCAGAUUGAAGCUAUGUUACUUUAAACAGCUCUUUAAGUGUCAAAAACUUUUGAGCCUGUGAAAUAUUUAAAUUAGUCGAUUCAAGUUUUCUAAUCUGUUUAUUGUAGUUUUGACCUCUCUUGGCCAUGUGAUCAUUAGAUUUGACUCAAGUCUGUUGCAUCGAUAGGACUAAUAGAUGUAAAAGAAAAUAAAUAGCAGAUUUAUUUUUUAUUUCAUGAGCGCAUGGUCAUUUCAAAAUUUAUGUCUUUUGAGAAGUGAAUACUUACUUUGCGUACGACAUAAUUAAUUAUUCAGCCUUUGGUCGUUAUUGUGUCUAUUAAAUUCUUCUUGGGAAGUUUCCAAGUCCUACUUUGAAUCCAAAUCUAACAUCUUAACUACAGGAGACUGUUUCUUUUUAUAUUCAAAGUUCUAGUUUCUAGUGCUGUGUAUUGUAAAUGACAUCUGUUUUGUUUUCUAAGUUUUCACCCUGUUCACAUAACAAAAGUGUAUUCGACUAUGUUUUAUAAAUGCAGUAGUUCUUAUUCGUAUUAAACUUUAAUUCAUGUUUUAAUUUUGAAA